AUGGCCUUCAUUUUGGUUGUAGAAAUCGUCGCAAUAUCCCUGUUUGCGUCGUAUUUUUUAAAAUUCUAUCAAAGUUACAACAAAGCACGUCAUAUAGGCUUUCCUCUGGUUUUCUCGCCUUUUCAUCCAUGGGGACUCUUCUGGAUGCUGGGCGGAGCGUUUCUUGGCCCCCUCCUCCUGCGGCUACCAUUCGGUCUUGGAGAGUUCGUGAAUCAUAUAAAAUCCGAUGGAUACUACCUAACUCGUAAUGCUCUUCAUCAGAAGCAUGGGCCAGCCUUCAUCGUCGUCUCUCCAGGUUGUAUUCGGAUCGUUGUAGGCGAUGGGGCAGCGGUCGAAGAGAUUCUCACCAAACUGCACAAGGAGUUCCCAAAGUCGGAGCUAUAUCAAGGACUGAAAGUAUUUGGAAAUAACUUGGAGACUGCCGAGGGCGAUGAUUGGCGGCGACACAGGAAGCUUACAGUACCCCCGUUCAAUGAGAGAAAUAGCAAUAUAGUCUGGAGAGCAUCUCUCACACAGGCUCGUGGGAUGCUAAAGACCUGGGUUUCUGCAGGAAAAUCCGGCAUCAUCUGUACCGCAUCUGAUAUGAUGACCGUAGCAUUACAUGUGCUCACAUCUGCUUGUUUUGGAAGGGACUAUUCUUUCCAGCCCUCUGAAAGUAGCGACUCUACCAUCAUAAAGGGCGAAAAGUUGUCUUUUAAGGUUGCUCUAGAAGCCGUCCUUGACAGUUUCUUGGGCGUCGUCAUCUCCUCUGCUUUUCCCAAAUCAUCUGGGUUACUUGCCAAGUACGUUUCUAAGAAAAUAGACACGAUGAAGUUCACUGUUGCAGAAUUCAAACGCAACUUGAGAGAAAUGGUUGACGAGGAGCGAGCGUUCCUAAAAACAACGAGCAAGGAGAAAAAUAACCUGAUGAGCGCAUUGGUGCGUGCAUGUGAUCUGGAAGUCACGAAAGGAGACGGAAAGAGGAGCUUGACUGAAGAGGAACUCUAUGGGAAUCUGUUCAUCUUUACGUUUGCGGGUCAUGAUACUACAGCCAACGCACUAAUGUACGCAACUGCUCUCCUCGCAGCCAACAAGCACGUGCAAUCUUGGAUCAAGGAAGAAAUACACACCGUCAUCGGCAAAAACCUGGACAGCGAAAGUUGGGAAUACGAAAAGCUGUUUCCGCGACUGAAGAGAUGUCUUGCGGUCAUGUAUGAGACAACACGCAUGUAUGGACCCGUAGUCGUCUUACCAAAGUCAACCGGUAGCACGCCCUCAACUAUAACAAUACGAGGAAAAGAAUACACUUUACCCGCACACUCAGAUGUUAUGCUGAACAUGGUAAGCGUCCACCACGCCCCCGAGUUCUGGGGUCCCGACCCAUGGUCAUUCCGCCCAGAACGCUGGAUCAUUAAGAACGGCGUAGCAGGCACCGAAGAACUGCUGCAACCGCCUUAUGGUAGCUACGUCCCCUGGGCAACCGGGGCUCGAGUUUGUCCUGGCAAGAAGUUCUCACAAGUAGAAUUCGUGGCCGUGAUUGCGAGUCUAUUUCAGCGUCAUGGAGUGCAACCGGUGCCGCAGCCAGGAGAGACGAUCGAGAUAGCUUCGAAGGAACUCUCUGAAGCUAUAGAAGGUUCUGAAUGUGUUUUGACUCUGAAGAUGAGACAUCCCGAGAAAGCGAGACUUGCAUGGGAAGCGGAUGCAUGA